GUGAUUCAGUUGAAUCUGGUCUAUAUUUAGAUUUGCCAACAACAAAUAUUAGUUGUAUUUUAGAAGCAUUGCUGAUGCAAUAAAAUUUAUCAAGUGCAAUUAGAUUUUAGUCAUAUUAAAGAAAGAGAAUUUCAGUUAUAGCAAAAUGGUUCAAGAUACAGUAAAUGAAGUUAAAGAAAGUAAGAAGGCAGCCAAAAAGGAGGCUAAGAAGGCAGAAAAAGCUGCCAAGAAAGCAGAACAUAAGUCUAAUCAACCCUCUGAAGUUCCAGCUGUUGAAGAAGUUGAUGUGUCCUCUGGCAAAUAUGGAAAUUUCCCAUUGAUCUGCUCAGAUGUGACUUUACCUCAAAGGAACUUCAUUUACAUCAAGGAAUUGGCAAAGAAUCUGGCUGGUAAAACAGUAUGGGUGCGAGCUAGAUUGCAUGCUGUUAGGGCUAGGGGAAAGCAAUGCUUCAUUGUAUUGAGACAACGAGAACACACUGUUCAAGUUUUAAUCAAUGUCUCUGAAUCCAUAUCCAAGUCUAUGGUUAAAUUUAGCAGUGGCAUUACCAAGGAGAGCAUAGUUGAUGUUGAAGCUAAAGUAUCUGAGGUUGCUGCAGGAGUUGCAGGAUGCAGCCAACAAGAUGUUGAAUUGAUUGCAUCAGAGAUCUGGGUUGUCUCCAGUUCUGCCCCUCAAUUGCCUUUGCAAAUUGAAGAUGCUGCUCGCCCAGAGAAAAGUGAGGACGAGGGAUUAAAUAUUCGUGUUAAUCAAGAUACAAGAUUGGACAACCGUAUCUUAGACCUUAGAACACCAGCGAAUCAAGCGAUCUUCAGAUUGGAAGCUGGUGUCUGCAAGUUGUUCCGUGAUACAUUGAGCGGCAAAGGGUUUACGGAAAUUCAUACUCCAAAAAUAAUUUCCGCUGCUUCUGAAGGCGGAGCCAAUGUUUUCACCGUGAGCUACUUCAAAGGAUCCGCCUAUUUGGCUCAAAGUCCACAGUUGUAUAAGCAAAUGGCAAUCGCUGCCGAUUUUGAGAAAGUAUACACCGUUGGUGCUGUAUUCAGAGCCGAAGACUCAAAUACCCAUCGGCAUUUAACUGAAUUCGUCGGAUUAGACUUGGAAAUGGCGUUUAAUUAUCAUUACCAUGAAGUUAUGUUGACUAUUGGCGAUCUGUUCAAUUCUAUUUUCAAAGGUUUGAGAGACAAUUAUUCUAAAGAAAUUGAAAUUGUUCGUCAGCAAUACAACGUUGAGCCAUUCACCUUCCUCGAGCCUCCACUAGUUCUGCAGUUCAAUGAUGCCAGAAAACUGCUCGGCGAAGCUGGCGUUGAAGUAGGCGAAGAAGAUGAUUUGAGCACUCCGGCUGAAAAACUCUUAGGUAGACUUGUAAAAGCCAAAUAUGACACCGACUUUUAUAUUCUGGACAAAUACCCAUUGGCGGUGAGACCCUUCUAUACCAUGCCUGACCCCAACAACAAGAUUGCUUCCAACUCAUAUGACAUGUUUAUGAGGGGAGAAGAAAUUAUAAGCGGUGCUCAGAGGAUCCACGAUCCGGUCCUGUUGACAGAAAGGGCAAAACAUCAUGGAAUAGAUUUGACGAAAAUCGCGGCAUACAUUGAUGCUUUCAAAUUUGGAUGCCCACCGCACGCUGGCGGCGGAAUCGGUAUGGAGCGCGUGGUAAUGUUGUACUUGGGAUUGGACAACAUCAGGAAAACUUCGAUGUUCCCACGUGAUCCGAAAAGAAUAACUCCCUGAAUGAAACAAGUAAUAAAGUUUUUUAU